UUGCUUUAGAAUCUUAAAGAGGUUACUUUUCAGUUAGAAUCAAUCACAAGAGGCUUUUGCUAUUUGGAGGGGAUCAAAGAUGGUUUCUUUGUUACACUAGAGAGGGAUUUGAAGCAGCUAAGAUCCGGUUCUGAUGGAUACUAAUACAUCCGGAGAUGAGUUAUUAACCAAGGCAAGAAAGCCGUAUACUAUUACAAAGCAGCGGGAACGAUGGACAGAGGAUGAGCAUGAUAGGUUUCUUGAAGCCUUGAGGCUUUAUGGAAGGGCCUGGCAACGUAUAGAAGAACAUAUUGGGACAAAGACUGCUGUUCAGAUCAGAAGUCAUGCACAAAAGUUCUUCACAAAGGUUGGAACCAAAAAAAAACUAACAGUUAUGGUUCAACUCUUUCAGCUGGAGAAAGAGGCAGAAGCUAAAGGCAUUCCAGUUUGUCAAGCUCUCAACAUAGAGAUCCCACCUCCUCGUCCUAAAAGGAAACCCAAUACUCCUUAUCCUCGUAAACCUGGCAAUAAUGGCCCAUCAGCAAAACUUGUAUCCUCAGCCUCUUCUUCACAAUGUAACCAGGCUUUCUUGGAUUUGGAAAAAGUGCCCAUCUCUGAGGAAACAUCAAAUGGGAAAGAAAAUCAAGAUGAUAACUGCUCAGGGGUUUCUACUGUAAACAAGUGUCCCUUACCAAAGAAAGUAACUCAACCGUCUCUAAGAAAGGAAAGUGCCGAUAAUGGAACAAGUAAGAAGGCGUCAAAUGUGAACACUCAGUUUCAUCCCCCAGGUAUGGUCUCUCAAGACUUGAUGUUUUGUCCUAUGGGAGAUCGUGUUCACGGGCACGUGAAUCUUCCAGCUACCACAACAUCAUGUGCUACUACAACUACUUCUCAACAGGCGUUUCCUGCGUGCCCUUCCCAGGAUUCGUUUCUCCACUUCUCCUCUACUUUCCCCAAUCUCAUUAUCUCAAGCCUCCUACAGAAUCCUGCAGCUCAUGCUGCAGCCACCUUCGCUGCUUCGGUCUGGCCCUAUUCCAACGUCGGGAACUCGGGAGGAGAUUCAUCAACAACGCAAAUGAGCUCCUCUCCUCCAAGUAUAGCUGCCAUCGCUGCUGCUACGGUAGCUGCCGCAACUGCUUGGUGGGCUUCUCAUGGACUUAUUCCUGUAUGCGCUCCUCCUGCUCCAGUCACUUGCCUCCCAUUACCAACCUUUGCAGUUCCAACUCAGGCUACGGAUAAGAUGGAUACCGUUGAAAAUGAUCAAGAACCGCUGGAGAAACAAAACACAGCUCUGCAAGAUAAAAACAUGGCUUCAAAAUCUCCAUCUUCAUCAUCCGACGAUUCAGAAGAGACUGGAGUAACCAAGCUAAACAACGCUGGCUCAAAGACAAAUGGUGACAAGGAGGAAGUUGUUGCUGCUGCUUUGCAUGAUCCAAACGCUUCCCCAAAGAAAAAGCUGGUGGACCGCUCAUCGUGUGGGUCAAACACACCUUCAGGGAGUGACGCGGAAACAGAUGCCUUAGAUAAGAUGGAGAAAGAUAACGAGGAUGUGAAGGAGGCAGAUCCAAACCAGCCAAGUGUUAUUGAGUUGAGCAACCGUCGGAGUAAAAUCAGAGACAACAACAACAACAACAACCAAACUACUGAUUCGUGGAAAGAAGUCUCCCAAGGGGGUCGUAAAGCGUUUCAGGCUCUCUUUGCAAGACAGAGAUUGCCUCAGAGCUUUUCACCUCCUCAAGUGGCUGCAGAGAAUGUGAAUGUGAAUGGAAAGCAAAGUGAUACGUCAAUGCCGAUGGCUCCUGAUCUCAUCAAGGUUCAAGACUCUUGUGAUGCGGACCAAGAGAGUGGAGUAGUAAUGAUAGGUGAUGGAACGGGGAAGAGCCUUAAAACGAGACAGUCAGGGUUUAAGCCAUACAAGAGAUGUUCAAUGGAGGCGAAAGAGAGCCAAGAUGGGAACGCAAACAAUGAAAGCGAUGAAAAAGUCUGCAAGAGGAUUCGAUUGGAAGGAGAAACUUCAACAUAACAACAACAACAAGACUUUUGAGGUAAAAUAAAAAUCUGUUUUUACCAAAUAUCUUUUAAAUCAAGUGUUAGUAAUGAAAGAGACUUUUUUUUUAAUCUUUAUAGAUCCAUCUGAACGGUUCUUUGUUCAUGUCAAUCCAUGUACCAUAUAUUACUACUACUCCAUCUACAUGUCUUGUCCCUUGUCUCUAUUGUGUUUGUGUCUGCUACUUCUGGUCUACAUGUCUGCUGCUGUUACUGUUACUGUUAAUUAACCACUAAGCAAUGGAUCUAUGUCUUUACUCU